UUGGGGUUUCAGUCUGUGGUGAUUCUUAAGUGGGGCUUUGGGGGCGCUGGUGAUUAUGGUGUCUGGCAUCUGUAUUUAAAAGCCAUGUGGGAGUCACUGGGGUCCAGUCAUCAGUUGGGCCUGUAGGGAUGACUCUGCCUGGCCUGUGAGGUCUAUGGUGUGACGCAGGAAUGUUAAGUGUCUGGGGGCCUGUGGAGGAUUAGGAAUAAAGGGUCCAGUGUACAUCGUUGAAUGGGGGACAGUUUUAUUGGCUCGUGCCCUGGCAUUGGCUUUGUUAUUUGAGGGUGUUGGAACCAGGUGAGAAGGAGCUUGUUUGUAUUAGUGACCGGGUACCAGAGAUGACUGAGUCACUGAUGGGGUGGGCAGUGAGGUCUGUGAGGAGGGAUGAUCAGAGGGCUUGGGAGUUUGAUGUUUGGGAUGAAUGCCAAGUAUGCGUGCAAGUGUCUGUGAUUGGUGUGCGGGUGGGUGAGGGCGAGAAAUUGGGGACCCUCUGGGUGUCAGUGAGAGGGAAGCCUGGGGAGCCUAAUAGUUUGUUUGCCAUUUGCGGUGAAUGUGGAGUUAGAAGUUAGUGGCCUUAGCUGGGCACCGUGCCUCACACCUGUAAUCCCAGCACUUUGGGAGGCCGAGGCAGGCAGAUCAGGAGGUCAAGAGAUCCAGACCAUCCUGGCCAACAUGGUGAAACCCCGUCUCUACUAAAAAUACAAAAAUUAGCCGGGCAUGGUGGCGGGCGCCUGUAAUCCCACCUACUCAGGAGGCUGAGGCAGGAGAAUUGCUUGAACCCAGGAGGCAGAGGUUGCAGUGAACCGAGAUUUUGCCACUGCACUCCAGCCUGACGACAGAGUGAGACUCCGUCUUAAAAAAGAUAAUAAUAAGUUAGUGGCCUUUGGGUAUCUGUGAUUAGUGGUCUAUAUUGUGCCAGUCUGUGGAGUCUGUGGUCAGGUGUUUCUGGAGGCUGUUGUGGGGCCACUAGAGUUACCGCCUGGGGGCUUUGUUGGAUGGUCACUGGGGAACCCAUAGUGUGUGUCUCUGAAGGCCCUGGAGGGGCGGCCUCUUGGGGAGAGAGACUGGGUGGCCUGUGAAGUCAGCCAUUGUGGUCCUGUGGGAGUGAUGGGGGCACAUGGGGUGAGUGAGAGUGGAGUUGAUGGGGUUCGGUGGUUGUGUGGUCUGGAGGUCUGUGAAGCAGGGCCUAUUGGAUUCAGUGAUCUGGGGAUGUCUUGGGAUGUGGACCUGGAGAAUUCUCAGGUGGUCACUGUGAGUGACUGGGGGACUUGGGAUGCCGGAGGUUGGCAGGGGCUUGGAGCUGCGGAGUUCAGUGGUUUGUGUCUGGGGUGUGUGUGUGAUGGAGGCCCUCUCUGGGACUUGGUAAUCCGGGGAACUUGGCAGGGCCGUGUUGGUGGGUCUGGAAGCAGAUCCGAAUGCGAAUGGGUCGUGGGUUGGCUCAGGCAAGCCUCUCGUGAGUGACAGGUCUUUUUGCCCUUUGGCCCUCUCCUUGUAGCUUGUGACCGCUGAUCAGUGAUCACGCUUUUUACGUGAUUAUUUCCUUUUUUAAAAGUUCUCAGUGACCCCGUUGGCCUUAAGGUCUUCCCCUUGUAGAAUUUCCCCCUUGCUGUUUGUACCUCCUGGGCCUCUUCCAUCCCUCCUGAUGACCUCCGGCUGCCCCACCCAAGACCUUUGCAUCUGAGGUGCCUGGAGUGGUGUGGUCGGCCCAGCCUUCCGUGGCGGACUCCUCCUGCUUCAGGCUCAGCUAAAAGUCACCUCCUCCCACAAGCCUCUGCGACGUCUGGGAGGAAUAUCUUCUGCCCAUUCAUCCCUUGGUCACAGUUAAAAUUUCCUUUUUUUUUUUUUGAGACAGAGUCGCCCAUGCUUGAGUGCAGUGGCGUGAUCUCAGCUCACUGCAACCUCCAUCUCCUGGGUUCCAGCGAUUCUUCCGCCUCAACGCCCCCAGUAGCUGGGAUUACAGGUGCCCGCCACCAAGCCCGGCUAAUUUUUUGUAUUUUUAGUAAAGAUGGGGUUUCACCAUGUUGGCCAGGCUGGUCUCGAACUCCUGACCUCAAGUGAUCUGCCUACCUCCUCGGCCUCCCAAAGUGCUGGGAUUACAGGCGUGAGCCACCGCGCCUGGCCCACAGUUAAAAUUUCUUCUGAGCGCUCACAGUCAGAAAUCAUUUAUUUACUUGGCUGUUUCCCUAGAGGGCAGAGACACCGUACAUCUUGUUGAGUGGUCUUUCCCGUGUGCUCAGAACAGUGCCUGGUGUGUAAUAGGAAUUCAGCAAAUGCUGCUUUCCUAGCGGGUAAAUGAGACAGUGUGUGUGUGAUGUGUGUGAACGAGUAUGUGAUGUAUGUACGUGUGUGAAAGUGUGAGGCGUGUGUGGGAAUGUGUAUUGUGUGAUGUACAUAUGUGUUCGAAUGUGUGUGAUGUGUGUAUGAGUGUGUAUGUGUGUAUGUAUGAGUGUGAGUAUAUGUGUGUGAUGUAUGCAUGUGUGUGUGGUGUAUGCGUAUGUGUGUGAUGUGUGAUGUACAUGUGUAUCAAUGUGUGUGUACUUGUCUGUGUGAUGUGUGUUGUACAUGUGUGUGUCCUGUAUGUAUCAUUGUGUGUGCAUGUGUGAUGUACGUGUAUAUCAGUGAGUUUGUGCAUGUCUGUGUAUGUUAUGUGGGAUGUACGUGUGCAUCAGUGUGUGUAUCUGUACAUGUCUGUGAUAUGAACGUGUGUAUCUGUGUCUGAGUGUGUGCAUGUCUGUGUGUAUGGUAUACGUGUGCAUCAGUGUGUGUAUGUGUGAGUGUGUGACGUACGGGUACAUCAGUGUGUGUACGUGUCUGUGUGUAUAUGUGAUAUAUGUAUGCAUCUGUGUGUGCAUGUCUGAGUGUGUAUAUGUAUGAGAUACGUAUCUGUGUGUGUACAUUUCUGUGUGUCUGUGUGUGAUGUACGUAUCUGUGUGUACGUAUAUGUGUGAUGUACAUGUGUAUCUGUGUGUACGUGUCUGUGUGUGUGAUGUACGUGUGUAUCAGUGUGUGCAUGUGUGUGUCUGUGUACAUGUGUAUCUGUGUGUAUGUGUGAUGUACAUGUGCAUCUGUAUGUACGUGUCUUGAGUGUAUGUGUGAUGUACAUGUGUAUCAGUGUGAGUGUGUGUGCAUGUCUGUGUGUACGUGUCUGUGUAUACAUUACGUACCAGUGUGUGUCUGUGAGUGUAUGCGUGAUGUACUUGUGUAUCAGUGUGUCUGUACAUGUCUGUGAGUAUGCGUGAUGUACGUAUCAGUGUGUGUACAUGUCUGUGUAUGAUGUAUGUAUCUGUGUGUACAUGUCUGUGAUGUACGUGUGUUAUCAGUAUGUCUGUACAUGUCUGCGUGUGAUGUACGUGUGUAUCAGUGUGUCUGAGUGUGCAUGUCUUUGUACUGUGUACCUGUGUAUCUGUGUGUCUGUGUGAUGUACGUGUGUAUCAGUGUGUCUGAGUGUGUGUGUGCAUGUCUGUGUGUACGUGUGUGUAUACGUUACGUGUGUAUCAGUAUGUGUGUGCGUCUGUAUGUGUGAUGUAUUUGUGUAUCAGUGUGUCUGUACAUGUCUGUAUGUGUGAUGUACGUUAUCAGUGUGUGUACAUGUCUCUGUGUAUGAUGUAUCAGUGUGUCUGUGUGUACAUGUCUGUGAUGUACGUGUGUUAUCAGUAUGUCUGUACAUGUCUGUGUGUGAUGUACAUAUCUGUGAGUGUGUGUGCAUGUCUUUGUGUGUACUGUGUGUGUACCUGUGUAUCUGUGUGUGUCUGUGAGUGUAUGUGCGAUGUACUCAGGGUGUCUGUGUGUGCCUGUCUUUGUGUGUGUGUACGUAUGCAUCAGUGUGUGUGCACGUCUGUGUGUGAUGUACGGGUGUAUUAGUGUGUCUGAGUGUGUGUGCGUCUGUGUGUGCAUGUCUGCGCAUGUCUGUACGUGUGCGUCUGUGUGCAUGUCUGUGUGUGUCUGUAUGUGUGCGUCUGUGCACGUCUGUGCAUGUAUGUGCGUGCCUGUACGUGUGCAUGUGUGUGCAUCCGUGAGUGUGUGCGCAUGUCUGAGUGUGCAUGUACUUGUAGAUCAGUGUGUGUGGGGUGAGAGUUUCCGUGUGAAUGUGAGAGCAGAGGGAUUAAAUACUCAGGAUUCUGAAGGGGGAGGCCAGGGUGGCUGCUUUUGGACUCAGGACGACAAGAUGUUCCCUUUGCUGGAGAAGCAGCCGGAGGAGGUCCCCUCUGCAUUCACUCAAAAAGGGUCCGAACUAAUUCGAAUCUUCCGGGAGGGCAGGGGGACCUUGAUCUCAGGGACCCCAGGUUUGGAUGCCAGUAACUAUGGGGUCUCUUUGUAGUCAGGGCUUCUCUCUGGGCCUCCUAGAUGGUAGAGCCCCCGACCUCUGUGCCACAAGCCUGAAGGAGCUCCCAGGCGUCUCAGGAGGAGCUGCGUCUUUGGAUGCCAAUCUCUGGGCUCUUCCAGGAUGUUUUUUCUCGAGAAUCUUCCUCGAGCCGCAAACCCUUCACACUGCGGACUAGAAAGAGUCCUCUUAGAGCCUCUGACCUUUAUCUCUACUUCAGCUGCGAAUGGGCGAAGCCUGCGCCAUGCCUCUCCUUUCCCGCCGUUUCUAGGAAUUCCUCCUACCGCAGUGUCCUUGCUCUGCCAUUCACCACGGUUUGGGUCAGAAUCCAGAGUUCAGCCAAUGCUUCCAGAGAGACUGUGGUUGUUAACUGUCCCUGUUGACACUGGGACCUGUCUCCCCUCGUGACCUGAGUCUUACCUUGAUUCUCUUAAUGACGGAGAGGGAGACAUUAAGAACUUGGAAGCCAAUGCCAGGCACGAGCUACACUGGUCUCCGCCUCCUGCUCCCUGCAGAUACUGUUGGGGACCAGCCUCAACACCACCCGCAGGGUACCCAAAGUCCGGUGGUGACAAAGGAAUGAGAAGAGACAGGUUAAGAGUGCAUAAAGAGUGAGGGCCAGGGGGCCAAUUGCAAAUCGGAGGCUGCAAAAGGCCCAGGGUUCUGGUCUCCACUCUAUUGAUUGAGUACCAUCACUUACAGCUAAGAAGCAGACGUUCAGGGCAAAACAGUGAAAGGGAGGCAGUGCGCCCAUCAUGCGUGUAAUCUAUAGCACUGGUGGUUUAAAUGAAUCUCCUUUGUGCUCAAACAGCCUAUUUUUAACUUAUCGGAGAGUAGCUAGUGGGAGUGGGCUUAACUAGGAGCCUGCACGUCUGGCUUCCAAUGCUUCAAAGGAGUGUCCUUCUCCUUGAACACAGUGUUUAUGGAUGAUGGAGCAACUCGCUCAGCGCCUGGGAACGUCACGGCGAUAAGAAGGCUUUCCUCCUCAGAGGCCUCUUGUGGCUUUCCACAACUUCUUGUCCCAUAUUUUUAUGGCCAGUUAAUACAGGCACCCCAUAAGCCUUUCCCCCAACAGAUACCAAGCAGGCGUGAGCUAUACUGGUCUCUGCCUCCUGCUCCCUGCAGGUGCCAGGCGUGAGCUACGCUGAUGUCUGCUUCCGCAGGUGCCAGGCGUGAGCUACACUGGUCCCCGCCUCCUGGGCCCUGCAGGUGUGGAUGCUGCUGGCUGUGCACCGUGGGGUUCCUGAGCGUGGGGUCACCUGGGAACGACCCUUGUCUAAUUCUCCAAUCCUCAGCCUCUGGGACUCAUUCUGAUGAAGGAAAGAGCAUCCCUGUGCAGCUGCGUGUCCUUCAGUUCUUUGGCUCUGAUUCCGUGUCUGGCUUCAUCUAAGUGGCCUGGUCCAUGGGCAGUGAAGAAAUGUAAAGUGCAAUAGCCCUCUGGAACAAGACAAUUCGUGUGACAUAAGAAAGAAGAGCCCACAAGGCCAAGGAUGUAUUCUCAGUUUACAGACCACUGACCAGAGGCCACUCCAGGGUGUCAGGACUAAGAGAAGUCACAAAACAGCAGAUUUCCCAAGAGCAGCGGAAAAUGAUCCAGUCACAGAUAUCAUUUGAGGAUGUGGCUGUGGAUUUCACGGUGGAGGAAUGGCAGCUACUUAAUCCUACUCAGAAGAACUUAUACAGAGAUGUGAUGUUGGAGAACUAUAGCAAUCUGGUUUUCUUGGGUUUUCAAAUUCUCAAACCUGAUGCAAUUUUCAAACUGGAACAACAAGAUCCAUGGAUAAUAGAUCAAGAAAUCCUAAAUCAAAACUUUUCAGAAGUCUGGCUAGAUAAUCCCAAAAUGUGGCUCCGAGAUAAUCAAGACAACCUUAAAAGUAUGGAGAGAGGCCAUAAAUAUGAUGUUUUUGGAAAAAUAUUUAAUUCAAGCAUAAACAUUGUUCAUGUAGGAAUGAGAUCCCAUAAAUGUGGCACAGGAGAAAAAAGUUUGAAAUGUCCUUUUGAUUUGCUUAUUCCAAAAAAUAAUUGUGAAAGAAAGAAAAUUGAUGAACUCAAUAAGAAAUUAUUGUUCUGUAUCAAACCUGACAGAACCCAUGGUGGAAUAAAAUACUGUGAUUGCAAUACAUGUAGAAAAUCCAGCAACAAAGAGCCAUGGCUCACUGCUAAUCAUAUAACACACACAGGAGUCUAUUUAUGCAUGGAAUGUGGCAGAUUUUUUAACAAGAAGUCACAACUUGUUAUACACCAGAGAACUCAUACAGGAGAGAAGCCCUAUCAAUGCAGUGAGUGUGGAAAAGCCUUUUCACAGAAGUCACUGCUCACUGUUCAUCAAAGAACUCACUCAGGAGAAAAACCGCAUGGGUGCAGCGAAUGUCAGAAAGCUUUUAGUAGGAAGUCACUCCUCAUUUUACAUCAGAGAAUUCAUACUGGAGAGAAGCCGUAUGGAUGCAGUGAAUGUGGAAAAGCCUUCAGUAGGAAGUCGCAGCUUAAAAGACAUCAGAUAACUCACACAAUAGAGAAACCCUACAGUUGCAGUGAGUGUGGGAAAGCAUUCUCCCAGAAAUUAAAACUCAUCACACAUCAGAGAACGCACACAGGAGAGAAACCCUAUACAUGUAGUCACUGUGGAAAAGCCUUCUUUUGGAAGUCGCAGCUUAUUACUCAUCAGAGGACCCACACAGGGAAGAAACCUUACGCAUGUAGUGAGUGUCAAAAAGCCUUCAGCAGGAACUCACUUCUCAUUAGGCAUCAGAGGAUUCAUACAGGAGAGAAGCCCUACGAAUGCAACGAAUGUGGUGAAGCCUUCAUCAGAAAACCACAGCUGAUUAAACAUCAGAUAACUCACACAGGAGAGAAGAACUAUCGAUGCAGCGAUUGUGAAGAGGCCUUCUUUAAGAAGUCAGAGUUAAUAAGACAUCAAAAAAUUCACUUAGGAGAGAAACCAUAUGGAUGCAUUCAAUGUGGGAAAACCUUCUUUGGGAAGUCCCAGCUCCUAACGCAUCACAGAACACACACUGGGGAGAAGCCUUAUGAAUGCAGUGAGUGUGGGAAGGCCUUCACCCAGAAGUCAAGCCUGAUAUCACAUCAGAGAACACAUACAGGUGAGAAACCCUAUGAAUGCAGUGAAUGCAGGAAAACCUUCAGUGAGAAGUCAAGUCUCAUUCAUCAUCAGAGAACCCAUACUGGAGAAAAGCCCUUUGAAUGUACUGAAUGUAGGAAAGCUUUUGCCUGGAAGCCACAGCUUCUUAGGCAUCAGAGAAUUCAUACAGGGGAGAAACCCUAUGAAUGCAGUGAAUGUGGGAAAGCAUUUGUUCAGAAAGUGCAGCUCAUUAAGCAUCAAAGAAAUCACACAGGAGAGAAAACCUAUGGAUGCAGCGAUUGUGCAAAAGCUUUCUUUGAGAAGGCACAGCUCAUUAUACAUCAGAGAAUUCAUACAGGAGAGAGACCAUAUAAAUGUGGUGAAUGUGGGAAAUCUUUCACAAGAAAGUCACACCUUAUGAGGCAUCAGAGGAUUCAUACAGGAGAUAAAUACUAUGGAUGCAAUGAGUGUGGGACCACCUUCAACAGGAAGUCGCAGCUUAUGAUACAUCAGAGAAAUCAUAUAAUAUAAAAAUCAUGACUUUGGCGAAUGCAGAAAGGUUGCUAUCAAAUGUCAUACUUUCUGACACUUUUGAGGAUGCAUAUGGGAGAGAAACCCUAUUGAGGCAGUGACUGUUGAAAAAGCUUGAAUUGAGGAGUCAAGAGUCACUAAGCAGAAUUUAGAAAGAGAAGUUUUUAAAAAGUAAACAGUGUAAAAAAAGUCAUCUCCCAGAAGACACUACUUGUUACAUAUUGGAUGACUCAUUGAGGUGAAAACCUUAUUGGUGUUGUGAUAGUAGAGAAGCUUUUAGUCAAAAGUCAGUUUAUUAAAUGUUUAGAAGACCUAAACAGGAAGAAAAUUCUAUUGUUUGUUAUAACAAAGUGGAAGAUUUCAAGAAAGGACAACUCACUGUACACUUGAGAAUAAUACCUACAGAGGUUCAUACUGAAGAGUAGUCUCAAUAAUGUAAAGAAUUUGACAAGCAUGAUGCUAUUGAAAUAGUUCUGUAAGGAAGUGGUGUUCUUUAUACAUCAAUUAUUACAAAAAGCAGUGAAUUGUAAGCGUGAGGUGUGUUUACUUAGAUGUGAAGAGUUCUCCUUUCUGCUGUGAUGGAAUAACAAGGGUCAGAUUUCCUCUCCUGCCUUAAACAACUAGAAGCUGUACAAUACGUAUAAUAUGUAAUGGUUUUUAGACAUAGGACAAGCACAGGUUUGUGAUCCUCAGGAGACUGCAGACAGAGUGAGGUGAGCACCAUGGUUUCUCAGCCUGCCCCCGCAUGGCAGUUCCUAGGCUGCAGUUCAGGGAAGGGAAACAAUAAAUCUUGCUGAAUUGAAGAGACAGGAUUGGCAGUUGGGGAGGCCACAGCAGCUAGAAUUUCCAGGGGAAAGUACUGGAGAGAUGGGAUCCUCCUAGAUACAGGGCUCAAGAAGUCUGCUGGGAGUCCCCUGAGUCCUUUGACUUAGUACUGACUUGCACUGAGGCCAGGAAAAGAAGCACUGGAAAGCAGCAGGCUGAACAAUUCCUGGAACUCAUGCAGGGCUGGGAAUAGUUUAUGUUCUCAGCAGCCAGAGUGGAAACAGAGUGGAAACACAUGGAGCAUCAGGUAGAAUUCUCAGAAAGGUUUUGUCUUAGUAGUGCAGCUAAUUAACUCUAGAUUAAAAGCUACUCUGGACCUAUAGUGUCCGGCAUCCAAAAAAACUAAUCUGUUAUGCAAAGAAGCAAUAAAAUAUGACUUAUAACCAGGAGAAAAAUCAGUAGAAACCCAGAAAAGACAGAGGUGAUGGAAUUAGUAGACAAGGAUAUUAAAAGAGCUAUUGUAAAUAUAAAGUAGAGGAAAAUAUAAGGUUGAUGAAACCUGAGGUAUAAGAGAGAUUUUUAAUGGCCAAAAUGGAACUUCUAGGGAUGAAAUCAACUUCUGAUUUUGUUAAAAUCCCAAGUGGAGAGAUUAGAUACAGAAAAAUAAAAAAAAAAUCAAUGAACUUGAAGAGUAAGAAUAAAAACUACCAAAGUGAUAUACAGAGAGAAAAAAAGACUUAGAGAAGAGAAAGAGAAUAGGAAAACCAUUACAGUAGUGUAAUAUAUGUGUAACUGGAGUCCCAGAAGGAGAGGAGAAAAUGAAGAGGCAUGAAGAAGUAUUUGAAUAAAUAAUGGCUAAAGAUUUUCCAAAUCUGAUUAAAACAAUACCCCCACAUAUUCAAGAAGCUCAAAUGACCUGAAGUAGAAUAAACAUAAUUUAUAUCACAGCAGUGCACCUCAGAGUCACAUUCAUGAAAAGCACUGAUAAACAGAAUACUUUUAAAUCACCUUGAGAAAAAAAGAUAAUACAUACACAUGAACAAAGAAUGGCAGCAUAUUUCUGGUGAGAACUAUGCAAGCUAUAAGACAAUGGAGUAUUAUCUCUAAAUUCCUUAAUGAAAUAAACAACAAACCCUGCAACCUAGAAUUCUGUUACUGUCAAAAACGUUUUCAAAAAUGAAAGCAAAAUAAAGACUGUUUCAGACAAACUAAAUCAAAGGUAAUUUUAUUACCUGUAGACCUGUCUUCGGGAAGCAUUGAAGGAUGUUUGAGGGCAGCAGGAAAAUAAUACAAAACUUAAGUUUGGGUCUGUACAAAGGAAUGAAGUUCUGAAAAUGGUGAAUAUGUGGGUAAAUAUAACAGAUAUUUCUCUCUUUUUAAAAUCUUUUUAAAAGGGAAUUGGCUGCUUAAAGCCAAAGUAAUGAUAACGUAUUUGGAGUUUAUUUAGAAGUAAAGUGUGAUGACGAUAACACUUAAGUGUGAAUUUUUAAAUAUAGUUGAGUAGACUGCAUCAUCUGAGUCAGAAGCCUAUUCCUUCAGGGCUCGGGGUAGCUUGAAUUUGUAGCAGGCACAUGACAGAAAUUGUAUGUAUUGUGGAUCUGCAUGUGUGCUGAGUAUUCCCUAUUUCUUCGAUCCCUUUUCCCCCAUUUUCUGCUCUGCUCCCCCCUGAGGCUGUCUUCUAGAGACUAGGGUUUCUUCAUAGGUUUGAACAGUGGGAGAUACAAGAGGUGGGAGGAGAAAAAGUUAUUUAUUACCGUUCCCUUCCUCCUGCCUGGACCAUGGUUUAAGGUAGCUUCUGUGUUCCCGUAAGGAUACAGCUUCCUUUGGGAAGCCCCAUCUAUGGCUGUAGAUCUCUCGGUUUCAGUUGACACCAUUCCCUCUCCAUGAUCUUCAGACUUAACUACUACUGGGUGCUUCCCCAACCCACUGGUUGGGUGUCUUUAAUUGUGAACACAUAUUUGUAAAUAGUGCCUUUAUUAAUUGUUCUUGAGUUAAUAUUUUGAGUAUGCCAUUUAUUUUCUGUGCCAUCUGUUAAAUGAUGAGCAUUUAAUAAAAUUGUGAUAAUCAGUUAUCAGUACAAGUGCCUCACAGUGCAUAGGCUGAAAUGUCUCAAGAUUCCCCACACUACGUAUCAGUAUUUUCUAUCUGUAUCUGGACAAUGCAGUAGAAAUUAUAACAAAUACAAAGUUCUUUGUGCUUUUCUGCUGCGUAUGUCAGUGGCUCUGGAAAUUGUUACUAUCUGCUACAUAUAUAAAUAGACUUGCAGUUAUUACUAAGCUCCUCUUCAGUAACAGAAAGACUUAUGAAGUCUUUUACUACCUCUGGGUUAGCCAAACAACCUUCAAAAAGCAUUGUUAUUUAGGUUAAAUAUUCGUGGACAAGAAACAAGAUAAUCAGUUACUGAGUGAAGAAAGACGGGAAAGAUGUCCCAUACUUCCCAGCUCUCUAAAGUGUUACGCUGUACAAUUAAAAUACCCCUGACCCAUCAUCUGCUACCAUUCGUUGUGGAUAAUUCAUGUAAUCUCUAACCUGUGGGCAAGUCUUUACCCUUCAGUAGUCAAGAUUACGUUAGAGACUUCGUCCACGAAUCCACACCACCUUUCCCAUCAGUUCUCACCAGAAAUAUGCUGCCAAAAAGAAAAUCAGCUUUUCUAAGAUCAAGCCAGAGUUGCUUCUCUUACAACCUUACGGCGCUAAUGCAUUAAGUUGAAGUCGACUGCCAAAGAGGCCCAGCAGAGGGCAGCACCCCCGUCAUUUUUUGAAUUUCUCCCUUAGGAAUUUUGCCUUCCUUUGUCUUCUGUCCACCAGGCGUUCUCUCCAGCUGGACACAAACCUCCUUUGAAGGGAAAUAAUUGCCGUUAGGCUUCACAGUAGUGCUUUUUCCUUUCACUUGGAUGUGCAUUUUAACCUGCAUUUUGAAGAUCUUUAUACAUGUUUUCUAUUUCCGACAAUGCCAGGAGGCUUCAUUGACAUUGUAGUCUGUGUUAAUAAACUUGUGUAUCACUCUGCUCUGAUCUUUUAGGAAUUAACUUGCAAAUGAAAUGAAUAUGUUGGGACUUUGGCAUAAUUUGAAUAUAGCAUUGUGAGUUGUGAUUGUCUCUUCCUAAUUGUGCUGUAAUAACCUGUGUAUGAGAAUAAAAUGGUUUCCACCAUCAGGAUUCUCCCAUGCCCCCCUUUAUUUUGCCAUAGACUAAAGGGGAAAGGCCAUUCUCACUCUCCUUACCUUAGAAAAUUUUAUUUGCCUCAUGAUGACUGUCUGCCGCUUAGAAGUAGACAAUAUAAAAUCUCAUCACUAUUUCACAAGAAUAAAAUUCAAAUCAGUUAUAUCCAAAGUAAGUUUUCAACUGGGGGUGGUGUCUCACACCUGUAAUCCCAGUGCUUGGGGAGGCCAAAUUGGGAGGAUCGCUUGAGCCCAGGCGUUUGAGACCAGCUGGACAACAUAGCAAGACUCAUCUCUACAAAAAAAAAGUUUUAAUUAGCCAUGAGAGGCUGGGUGCAGUGACGCAAGCCUGUAAUCCCAGCACUUUGGGAGGCUGAGGUGGGUGGAUCACCUGAGUUCAGGAGUUCGCAACCAGCCUGAAUAACAUGGUGAAACCCCGUCUCUACUAAAUACAAAAAAAUUAGCCGGGCAUGGUGGCACAUGCCUGUAAUCCGAGCUACUUGGGAGGCUGAGACAAGAGAAUCACUUGUACCUGGGAGGAGGAGGUUGCAGUGAGCCGAGAUCACGGCAUUGCACUCCAGUCUGGGCAACAAGAACAAAACUCCAUCUCAAAAAAAAAAAAAAAUUAGCCAUGAUGGUGCAUGUCUGUAAUCCCAGCUACUUGGGAAGCUGAGGCAGAAGGGUCACUUGAGCCCAGGAGUUCAAGGCUGCAGUGAGCCAUGAUGGGGCCACUGCAUUCCAGCCUGAGUGACAGAGCGAAACCUUGCCUCUUAAAUGAAUAAAAAUAAAGUAAGCUUUCUUCAACAAGUUUUCUUCCAACGCCACACACUCCAUCACCAUAUUAAUUUAAAUUAUUUAGUAUGUAGCAGAUUUACUUUGAGACCAAAUCUGUGAAGUUGGUGAUGAUAUUUAAUAAUUAUUUCCUUUAUGGGAUCUUUGCAACUUAGAACACAAUUAUUACUCAUUGUAUCCAGGUCAUUUAAUAUCUUGUCAGAAUGCUAACGUUAAAUAAACCAGGCCAGGCGCGGUGGCUCACGCCUGUAAUCCCAGCACUUUGGGAGGCCAAGGCGGGUGGAUCACUAGGUCAGGAGAUCGAGACCAUCCUGGCUAACACGGUGAAACCCCGUCUCUACUAAAAAUACAAAAAAUUAGCCAGGUGAGGUGGCCAGCGCCUGUAGUCCCAGCUACUCAGGAGGCUGAGGCAGGAGAAUGGCGUGAACCUGGGAGGUGGAGCUUGCAGUGAGCCAAGAUCACACCACUGCACUCCAGCCUGGGUGAUAGAGCGAGGCUCUGUCUCAAAAAAAUAAAUAAAUCAGGCGCUGGGCACGGUGGCUCACACCUGUAAUCAUAACACUUUGGGAGGCUAAGGCAGGCAGAUCACAAGGUCAGGAGUUCGAGACCAGCCUGGCCAAUAUGGUGAAACCCCAUCUCUACUAAAAAUGCAAAAAUUAGCCAGGCUUGGUGGCACGUGUGUAGUCCCAGCUACUCCGGAGGCUGAGGCAGGAGAAUCGCUUGAACCCAGGAAGCCGAUGUUGCAGUGAGCUGAGAUCACACCACUGCACUCCAGCCUGAGUGACAGAGCGAGACUCCAUCACAAAAAAAAAAAAAACAAAAAAAAACCAGGGAACACCAAACU